AUGGUCAGCGAAAAUCUCAAAACCGCAUCUUGGUUCUUCUUCGACCUAGACGACACCCUGCACGAGUUCCGCAACGCAUCUUCUGCCGCCGUUGACGCAGUCCUGCAGCUCGUCAUCCAACAGCAAGCAACGCCAGAACGCGCUCCUGUCACGCACAUGGCGCAAAUACUUGACAUGUACGAAAAGACUUUGACUGCGCAUUUGGUAUUGAAGCCUGGCGUGGUAUCACUCCUCGAGUCGCUCAAGCAACGGGGCAAAUGCGUGGCCAUCGUUACGGAAGGCCCUCAAGACGCCCAAGAACGUGCCGUAACUGCAUUAGGAUUAACACCGUACUUUGACCGCCUGAUCACUACGAAUGCGUUUGGUGUGGCAAAGGUCGAUGGGUUGUUUGAAAGGGCAUUGGAGGCUUUGCAAAUCAAAGGCGGGGACGCGGUGAUGGUUGGUGAUAGCUGGGACCGAGAUGUGGUGCCUGCAGGAAACGCAGGCAUAGGGUGCGUGUGGUAUGCGGAGAAAGAGGGGGAGAGAGAAUUAUUGCGGACAAGUCAUGUCCAAUCGCUUGGGAAGCGCUGA